UCAAAUAGGUCACUGGCAAUCACGAUUCACUAUCAAAGAUGUUUUUGGAGAGAAUGAAUUUUGCUCUCGUAAUUUACCACCAGAGACAUACAAAUCAAAAGGUUCAAUAAUUCGUAUCUAUUUUCGACGGCAAUCUUCUGCUUGGACUGAAAAAGCUGAUGGAGAAAUACAAGGUCAAAGGGAAGGAUUUCUACUACAGUAUCAAUUAACUAACCACUCUCUUGAAAGGUAUACUACUGUCGUUAAAGGCUCCAACUUAACAGCCUGUUCAAUGCUUUUCCAAAAAUGUUACACUGUACUCUCUGAAGAGGUUCCUUGGAAUACCGCUUAUGCUAAGUGUCGUGAGCGCAAUGAACAUCUUGUAACUAUAGCAUCAAGAACAGAAAUGAAAUACAUCCAAUACUUACUUCGACAUCAGUUAUAUGAUAAGAAGAAUACAACGCGCAAGGACAAAUUGGACAAACAAGAAGUAUUUGGGGCUCAUAUUGGUUUAAAGCGUGUUUUUGAUAAACCAAAACAGAGAAAGAUAUUUACAUGGAUUAACAACUACACCGUAACUUUUAGUGCUUGGGAAAGCGGACAACCUAUAACCGGGGACUGCACUUGGACGUUUUUCGAGUAUUUUAACACCGACAAGCUUUGGGCCGCUGAAGAUUGUCGCAGUAACAAAGUUGACUUUUUCAUCUGUGAAAAGCCGUUUCUAGCAGAUGGAAAAAACAAAAAGCCUGACAUUAUGGAAGAUAUGUGUAAAAGUGUUAAUCAAAUGAAAGACCUCAUUGUUAAAGACCUCAAUGUUUCAACUUACUCUGGUAAAACUUGUCAAAAUUGGGGAAACCUGUCUGACAAAGCUGAAAUAGAUUUUGACACAAUUAUUUCCAGUCGGAAAUAUGUAGAAAAUUCAACUCUUUGUCAAGAUCCUACAAAUCAGGGCAUCUUAUGGUGCUAUGUUAAUGAUACUGGCGAGUCUCUCCGGGAACCGUGCUUUUUGCCUCGUAAAGGUAUAAUUACUAUGCCUGAAAAGAGACUGUCUGAUGUAAAUUGCUCUGAUGGAUCUCAAAUAUCCAUAUUAGAUUGGUGCGAUGGGAAUUUUGACUGCACAGACUCUUCGGACGAAUUGUCAUGUCAAAAUAAUAUAACACAACACAAUCUCACGAAUAUUGCAAAUAUAAUGAUAAUAUCUAAUCUACCGCAACUAAGCAAUCACGGGGGCCAUUUCAUCUGUGAAAAAAGCAAAGAAUGGAUAUCCGCGUUAGCUAUAUGUGAUAACGUCAUUGAUUGUCUUGAUGCUUCGGAUGAAGUCAAUUGUUCACACAGAAAAAAAGGAUGUGAUGACAACGAAUUCUCAUGUGAUGGGGGAAAUUGUAUAAAAUUAACUCGAGUAUGCGACUUUAUAUCCGACUGUUCGGAUGGAAAAGACGAAGACUGUGAUUACCGAAAGUGUAAAGAAAAUGAAUUUACCUGUAAAAAUAAACAAUGCAUUCCAGCAGAGAAAAAAUGCAAUGCUAUAAUUGACUGUUUAGAUUAUAGUGAUGAAAUGAAUUGUGACUCCUGUAAAAAGUCGUUUCUCUGUGUUGAUGAAUCCAAAUGCAUCCCUCAUCGGCUGACAUCUGAUCGCUUCCCAGACUGCAAGGACAGCCGUGAUGAAAAGCUUUGCCAUGGAGAUAUUCCAACAUGUUAUGACUUCAGUUGUGAAUAUCAAAGGGCAGGAAAAGUCUUAACACGUCAAACUGUAUGGAAUUAUCAGUUGAAAGGCAACAAACCAGGGAAACAUACCUUUUCCAGUCAAAGUAACAGGCUAUUUGCUCUUGAUUUUCCAUAUAUGGUUUCAAAAAGGAAUUAUUCCUGUGUUUUAAAGGUAAUAUGUCGUUCAUAUUUUAAUGUAUAAUUAUAUCAUUGCACAUUUUAACCAUGAACGGCAUUUUUAUAAUUACGUGUAUAAUAAACUGACACCGGUUGAGGUCAUAAACUAUGAUAAACCAGCAAAUGCGGGGUUCAA